AUGUCCAAGGGCGGCGGUAAGUUUCAGAGGAAGAAGGAGUACUUCACCAAGCUCUCCAACCUCCUGGUCGAUUACAAGAAGGUGCUCAUCGUCGCGGCCAACAAUGUCGGCUCCAACCAGCUUCAGAGGGUGAGGCAGGAGCUCCGCGGCAAGGCCGUCCUCCUCAUGGGCAAGAACACCAUGAUCAGGAAGUGCAUCAGGGAGAACCUGACCAAGAACCCCGACCUCGAGGCCCUGCUUCCCUACGUUAAGGGCAACGUCGGUUUCGUCUUCACCAACGGCGAUCUGUCGGACAUGAGGACCAGGAUCGGUGCCGUCAAGGUCAAGGCUGCCGCCAAGUCUGGUGCCAUCUCUCCGUGCGACGUCAUCGUGCCUGCCGGCCCCACCGGCCAGGAUCCUGCCAAGACCUCGUUCUUCCAGGCGCUCACCAUCUCCACCCGUAUCUCCAAGGGUGUGAUUGAGAUCGUCAACGACGUGCACCUCGUGAAGGAGGGCGCCAAGGUGACUGCCUCGCAGGCUGCUCUGCUGCAGAUGUUGAACAUCCAGCCCUUCGAGUAUGCCCUGGCCGUCAAGACUGUCUACGAUGAUGGUUCCGUCUACCCCGUGUCUCUCCUCGACAUUACCGACGACGACAUCAUCAACAGGUUCCGCAAGGGUGUCGCCAACGUGGCCGCUAUCUCGCUCCGCAUCGGCUACCCCACCGUGGCUUCCGUCCCCUACGCCCUCACCAGCAGCUUCCGCAACCUGCUCUCCGUGUCGCUCGCCACCAGCUACACUUUCCCCCAGGCCGAGAAGCUCAAGGACCUCCUCGCCAACCCCGAGGCCUUUGCCGCUGCCCUCGCCGCCGCUGCUCCCGCCGGCGGUGCUGCCCCCGCCACUGCGACUUCGGCUGCUGCGCCUGCCGCCGCCGCCGCCAAGGUCGAGGAGGAGGAGGAAGCCGAGGACAUGGACGCUGGUGGCCUCUUCGGUGGCGGUGACGAUGACUACUAG